AAUAUAAAUCGGUUUAGAAUUGUCUUCAAUCUAACGUCGUCGUAUGGAGAUAGGUUCUUUCUCCUAACGGCCAUCUUCCAUCUCUAACCUCACUUCCUUCAUCUUCAAUGGAAGCGAGAAUCAUCCUCCUCCGAAUUCAAAUCCCUUGGAGCGCUAAUCGCCAAUUCUCUCAUCCUCCUUUAGAUUUCCCUCGUUUUAUCAGAGCUUCUUCUUCCUCAACCUCACAGAAGCCGAAAACUUACGAAGGUCCGAAACCGAGGAAGAAUUUAGUAGCUGAUUUCAUUUCCAAAAACGAUGACUUGGUUCGAAGCUUACCGAUCUACGUCGGGGGCGCUUCUCUUUUGGCCGUUCUCUUUAAUCGGACUGUUUCCGGUAUCGCUCCUGUUGCCGAUGCUAGCAGCUCACAGUCUAGAGCAGAUCUAUUAGCGCUUGGCUUGGCUGUCACCAAUCUAUUGACCGGUUUAGUCUGGUUAUCGAUUCGACCUAAGUCAAUAACACCUGUAAAUCCGAAAGGUGUGGAAUGCAAAGUUGUAGAAUCUGAUCUUCCUGCAUCGAUGGUUUCCGAGUUGUUAUGGGCUUGGGAAUCUCUUAAGGUAGCAACAUGUUGUAAGUCUCUAGUUAUUGUCUACAAUGGAAUUUGCCUUAUUCAAAUUGGGAUGGUAGCUGAAUCUCCAGAAGAUAAGAAAACAGUCAUAGUAAAGACCGAUAAGUUGAUGCAAGGAUCGGUUUACAGAGGGGUUAUGAAAUCCAAAGCACAGAGUUACUUGGCUAAUCUUUCUCUUUAUCCUGGGAGAUCAGAGCUGCCAUUUCUACCUGCAAAUACACAGGCGGUGAUUUUGCAGCCGCUUGGAGAUAAAGGAAUCGCAGUCAUUGGUGGAAAUACGAUUAGAGGAUUCACGUCUUCAGACCAGGCUUGGAUUUCUUCAAUUGGGGAGAAGCUAGAUGCGACACUGGGGAGAUAUUUUGUUGAUUCUGAUGAGAUUUCCAGAGUAACAGUUUGAAAGCCACCAGACCAGAAAAAACAGAAAAUGGAUAUAAUCAUAUUGCGAAAACACAUUACAUGCAUUGAGAACUAAAGGUACAAUGAGCUUUCAGAUUUUUCAGUUCUGUCGACAGGCGUUUCGUUUGUGGUUUCCAUUUUGUGUUAUGCUGCGAGAGACUAGUAAAUCAGUGGAGAUUACGCUGAAGGAUGUUUCUAGACCACGUACUCGUCUCUCUAGAGAUUGCAUUCCGUUAUGCGAGCUCUCCAUGAACUUCUGCAAUAUUAAGUCCAAGAAAACAUUCAAAAGUCAGCACAUUACAGUUUGUUGGAUGUUUUAAAAGUUAAUAAAGAUAAAUGAGAUCAGAAGAAAAGGUUACCUGAAAGAGAUCUAACAGACUGGACUGCUGUUUUUCGAUCUGUGUAAUCUGGUGUCUUAUCAGAGACAACUCUUCUGCAUUACUCUUUGCCUGAGAAGAACUGCUACUACCACUGUCAGUUUUAGGACUCUCCUCAUCACUACUCUGAACAACUUGUGACUUGUUCGACCCAUUCUCUUUGACCUUAUGCAUCUUUGCCGGGAACAGAACCCGUUUAGCUCCCAAUGUCGAACGAUUCCGCUUCUCUUUCGACACAACAGCUUCCUGCUCAACAUCCUUAGGAGUGUCACCACGAUCUAAUGGCUCAACAUCAUUCGACUUUGAGCUUAAUGGUGUGUUUAAAUUCCUAUCUUUGCCUUUCAAUGUGUUGCUUCUCUUUCCUGAAGUCGCAGACAAACCAGAAGAAGCUGAUUUGGAGGAGGAAGAAGACUCUGAGACCUCUGUUGAAUCACCUUCAAGUUGCUUCCAUAAACCCAAUGUACGAUUCAUUGUCUCUCUAACAAGUUUGACCUGCACAAGUUAUAUAUGAAGUUAUUAACCAAGAACACUAAAGUCAAAAGUGAUUGCACUUCUUAUAAAUUUUUACCAUAAAUUGUUUUGAAAUUUUACCUU